AUGAGCCUCGCCGCGGCAGGACCGAUCCGCGCGGCCCCGAUCGCGUCCGCUCAGCGUACCGGGAUGCCCGGAAAGCCCGCGCCGGCCUCAUCCCGCGCGGACGUCGCCGGCAUCGGGAGGCGCGACGCCCUCGCGCGCGCCGCGACCAUCGCCGCCCGAAAGCUCCUCCCCAGCACCACGAUCGUCCUCCCGAGCACGAUCGCCGCCCCGAACGCGCGCGCCGAUCCGGUCGAUCUCGCACCCUUCGUGGGCAAGGCUGGGUUCUUCAUCAGGUACCCCGCCGGCUGGGUCCGCGCCACCGAUCGCCCGGGGACGGACAACGGCAAGUCCGAGACCCUCGCGCUCGUGGGCAACUUCAAGGACAUCGACACCGUGUCCGUCAGGCGCGAGCCCAUGGCGCUGCACCGGGACUUCGCCGAAGCGGCCGCCGCGGGGGGGGACGACGCCCCCGAGGGAGGAGACGGGGGAGACGACGCCCCAAGGGAGGGAGGAGAGGACGCGUCGAGUAACGCUCGAAGUAACGCUCGAAGGGUCGCCCUGGCGCUCACCGCCGCCGAGCGCGACGCCGUCGCGGCGAACCAAAACUUCGGCGUCGUCGGCGGCGUGGAGAACGGUCGAAGCGGCGUGAUGGACUUUGCCUUGGGGGACGCGUCGGUGGCGGACGGACCGGGGGCUGCCAAGGGCACCACGCAGCCCUACUUUGCGUACGAGUACUUCACGGAGGUGUGCAGGGCGAACAUAGAGGAGGGCGCGGGGGGCGCCAAGGUUUGCGUCGGCCCGAGGGGAGACGUCUUGGACACCGUGAGGCGCGUCAACUACGCGGUGGCCACGGAGAGCGAGGGGUACCUGUACCUGGUCAAGGCGUCAGCGGUGGAGGGGCGGUGGGAGACGGUGGGGCCGCUGCUGAGGGAGGUGGCGCAGAGUUUCAGGGUGCCGCAGGCGUACUGA